GGCCUAUAAUCUCUUAUGUAAAUUUUGUAGACAGCGUUUGUGGCGUCCUCGCUGGACCACCCUAGGCCAAAUGAAACUAUUAAGCAAUAUCUGUCGGUAAAAUGGUUGAUAAAUCUCGCAUGGUACAUACUGGUUCAUGCUUUGUUUUCGUUACAUGUGCAACCAUGUGCAACGCAGAACGUGCGCGGAUUUAUAUUUCAAUAUAUUUCAAAAGUAUUCAGCAGUGUUCAGCAGUGUUCAGCAGUGUUCAACAGUGUUCAGAUUUUGUCCGGAAAGAAGAGAAAGAAGUAGUUCAGAGGCCUACUCGUACAACCUAUUGAUAAGCGUUAAUUCCAUGAGCGGUAUUCUAUCAGGGGCUAUUAAUUUCUGUUAACUCGAAGAAUGUAUUAAUAAAUGGACCUUGGAGUAGAAAGAGCAAGAAUAAGUGCUUGUGAAUCAAGCGACACAAGUUAAUGCUUGGGACAAAUGGGGACAAAAUAGUAAUGCUGAAUCAAGAAGUUGAAAGAGUGAAAAUCGAGUGGCAGCAAUUGGAUUAUGUUGUUGGACAACAGAAAGAGUUGCAAGAAUGUUUAGUACCAUUAGAAAAGGAGCUAGCAUUAUUAAGAAACAAUAGCAUCAAGAAAAAAGUAGCAUUGGAAGAAAACAUCACAAAAAUUAGUGCCAUCCUUCACAUGAUUUUCUUCAUAAUCUCAGCGUGGGAAUACAACGCCCUGAUUCCGAGCAACCGGGUAUGCCAUUAAGGAUGUUCUGGCGCGCGCACGCGCGCGCACACACACACACACACACACACAUAUGUAAAAUACAUAUGUGUUUAUCGCAUAAACUAGGAUUAUUGCAAUAUUAAUAAGUUAACUACUUUUUUUCUUACGCAUACAAUAGAAUCAAUUUUGUUAAAAUCCUUUUUUUUAAAAAAACAGCACCAUUUUCAUAAUUUACAAUUUUUUUCAUUUAUCCUAGUUUGCGAUAAGCAGACAUAUCAUGUAUGUUACAUAUAUGUAAAAGUAGAAUACUUUCUACGUAAGCAAUAAAUUCAAUUAGUAAUGAAAUAAAUUAGCAAUAAAUCAAUAAGCAAUACGCAAUAAAUCAAUUUACAAUACAACUUGAACCAGAAUUCUAGUCGCAGCUAGAUCUUCGUGCUUGUAUUAUUUGUGUGAUUUUAUACUUUCCUCAAAUUCAAUAAACUGUGCGCCGAAUUGUUUUUUCAGUCAUAACACAGCCCUACAUUGAACAAGAUUGAGUAAUAUCACGUAUUAUUAAAAUUGAAAUUAAUAUUAACCCCCCCCCCCCUGAAAAAACUGCAAAGAAUUUAUUGUACAAAAUAUCACCUCAGCCAGGGUUCAAUGUAAGGCUCUAUUAUGACUAAAAAACAAUUCGGCGAACAGUUUAUUGAAUUUCAGGAAAGUGUAUAAAAUCACAUAAAUAAAACCACAAGCACAAAGAUUUAGCUGCGAUUAGAAUUCUUGUUCAAGUUGUAUUGUAAAUUGAUUUAUUGCGUAUUGUUUAUUGAUUUAUUGCUAAUUUAUUUCAUUGUUAAUUGAAUUUAUUGCUUUGUUUAUAUUUCGAUAUGUUUAAUCUAUAAUGUAUGAUUAAGUAAAUAUACAUAACACAUGUUGUAUUUUACAUUUAUGCAAAAUAAAAUAUGACAAUUUUAUUUUUACCAGUA